AUGACUGAGUUAGAAGCGAUUUCGUCGCAAAGACCCACCAAAACAACUUACAAUUUGCCAAAGCCCAAAUCAGCGUACUUCCCAAGUCCAGGAUCACCGUUGUACGCAGAUAAGGAAUUGUAUACGAAGAUUUCCAAAGCAUCCAAGACCAAAGUCGAAACACAUAUAUGUAAUCCCAGAUCAGGAUUGGCAGUUAAGAUUGCUGCAAAGUCAGUUUUCAGAAUAACUACCCCAAAAGGAGCCCAAGUAUGUGAUUUAAAUAUUUGGAAUGCUAAUAAUCCAAGAGAAAGGUUUUGGGCAGCCAGAACCCGUCAGUUGCAUCUGGCCCAUGUAUCUACUUUUGACCGUUUGUGGUCCAACUUACCUUAUUUGCGUCCUUUGGUCACUAUAACCAAUGAUACGUUGUCAGCAAGACAUGAUGAAUGGGGUGGAAGAGUUCAUGAUACUUUGGGGACUAGAUGUGAUCCUUACGUGGAUAAGUUAUUGACCGGCGAAGAUAACGAUUUCCAUUGUCAUUCUAACUUGACCAGGGCGGUUUUACCAUUUGGCUUAACCGAAUUUGACGUUCACGAUGUUUUGAAUGUUUUCCAAGUGACCGGUUUAAAUGAGUAUGAUCAAUACUUCAUGGAAACCUGUCCUGCUACUGAAAACGAUUUUUUUGAAUUAUUUGCCGAGCAAGACUUGUUGGUUGCCAUAAGUGCUUGUCCUGGUGGUGAUUUAAGUAAAUGGGGUUGGGGUGAAGAAGAAGGUAAAGAAUCUGAAAUGGUUGAUUGUUGUAGACCUUUAGGUAUUGAAGUUUAUAAAAUUGAUAAUGAAGACGAAGUUUUACUGCAAUGGAAUCCUCCAAAACCAGUCAACUACACUGGAAAUCAUGGGUUAAAAGGUCCUUAUAAUUAA